AUGAGUGCUCUAACUGCUUCUACAAAAAGACCUUUGGAGUCUACUACAUCCACUGAUAAUGAUACAGAUGAUAAGAACGCUAUACCCAAAAAGAACAACGCUUCGAAGAGUUCAAGAACAGAAUUGGAUCAAGAAGCUAAAUUGAAGAGAACGGCUCAAAAUAGAGCUGCUCAAAGAGCUUUUAGGGAAAGGAAAGAGCGUAAAAUGAAAGAAUUAGAAGCUAAAGUUGAUCAUUUAUCAAAUAUUCAAAAACAAAAUGAAAUCGAAUCGGAAUUUUUAAGAUCACAAUUAAUUACUUUGGUUAAAGAAUUAAAAAAAUAUAGACCUGAAACUGCAAAUGAUUCACAAGUUUUAAAUUAUUUAGCAAAACAUGAAAAUGGUAAUUUUAAUGAAAACUUAAGUAAAAAAAGUAAUUUCUCGUUCGCUUUCCCAUGGGAUGAUAAUAAUGCAACAACAGAUAAAUCAGAUAAUCUUAAUACCACCACAAAUAAUAAUAUUCCAUCUCCUGAUAAUUCCCCUGUUACUGCAUCUAAUGAUAAGAAAAAUUAUCCAAGUAGUGUAUCAUCAAUAGAACCAUUAAAUCAAAAUAAUAAUAAUAAUAUUAGUUCUUUGUCACCUUCCUUGGAUGAUAAUGAUGGUAUUUCUCCAUCAAUUAAUUGGCUAGAUAAUAUGCUUCACACUGAGGAUCUUUUUAAUGAACAACUUUCGUCCUUCUCAAAUACUCCAAUUAGUAGAAAUGAUAGUAACGAAUCAAAAAAUCCAAUGACUGACUCACAACUAAUUUCAAAUGAAUUCAAUUUUGAAGAUCAAUUCGAUGAAAAAGUAACAGAUUUCUGUAUUAAGAUGAAUCAAGUUUGUGGUACAAGAUCAAAUCCAAUUCCAAAAAAAUCAACCUCAAACUUACCAUCUACUGAAAGUACUCCAUUAUUUACAAAUACUUUUGAUUCUCCAAGUUUUGGUCAACUAAAUAUCCAAAAUAUCGAAUCUACUAAUAGUGACAAUACUAAUAAUGAUACAACACCAGAUGAUAAUGGUAUCUUCUCAUUUUUAAAUCCUUCAUUAGCUUUUCCUUCAUCCACAUCUCCAGAAAAUUCUCUGAGUGAUGGUAGCAUUAAUAACAAUAUCGAUAACAAUAACAAUUCUUCUCUAAAUAAUUUCAGAGAUACCUCCAUCUUUGAUGAUUUCUUAAAACAUGAGGCUGAACCAAGCGUAGAAGAUUUAAUUAACGAAGAAAUUGAUGAUAUAAAUGACGUCGUACCUUCAAAAGAUAAAAAUUUAUUAAGAUGUUCUGAAGUUUGGGAUCGUAUUACGGCACACCCAAAAUAUUCCGAUAUAGAUAUCGAUGGUCUUUGUGGUGAAUUAAUGGCAAAAGCUAAAUGUUCAGAAAAGGGUGUCGUUGUCAAUGCUGAAGAUGUGCAAAGUGCCUUAAGUAAGCACCUAAGUUAA